UAGUUCGCCCCGCUCGGUGAAGCCUUUUUGCAUUCGGCAAACACUGCUGCAGUCGCCUGCCACGCCCACGCACAGUUUGGGCAAUGUGCAUUAAGCGGCAUUUGCCGUGGCCACUGUCGCAAUUCAAUUUGGUGGAGUUAUCGCUGUUUUGGUAUUUGCCAAGGGUCAAUAUGAUUAAAGCUGAUGAGCUGCGAUUGGAUCGAACUGUGCGAGCAGCUCGUAUAAAUGGGACUUGCGUGACGGGCCGUGCGGUUAGUCGCAUCAUGAGAUUCUAUGGGGAUAGCAGAGCACAAAAGCCCCACCUGGCGGCAAACAGGCAGCAACCCGUGCACGGUCACGCUCACGUUCACAAUCGCAGUCACAGUCAUAGUCACAGUGAUGACUCCCUUGAUGAUGAGCAAACGAUGUGCAGCCUCGAGGCGGCCAAGAAGAGCAUCAAGUAUUAUCUGCGAAACAGCUCCUUGCAUGGACUCAAGUAUAUAGCCGAAGAACGGAUUACCAUACCAGAGCGAGUCUUCUUUGGCAUAUCAUUUGUGCUUGUCGUCAUCCUCUCGGGCUUCUUCAUUUCCAACAUUUAUAUCAAGUGGAGCGCCUCGCCCAUCAUCAUCUCGACAAGCGCCAAGCAGCAGCUGACCAGCAACAUUCCCUUUCCGGCCAUAACCAUAUGCAAUCUUAACCUGGCUCUCCGCAGUCGCGUCCAGCGCAUCUCACGCACCAGCGGAAAUUACUCGCUGCUGAUGAGUUUGUGCAGCAAGGGCGACGAUCAGAAGAUCACGUACACCGGCACCUGGACAUACUUUAAGGCGCUGCUGGUUGAGGUUGCGCAGCCGUGCGAUGAGAUGCUGCUGCACUGCAGCUUUGGGGCGCGCAAGGAGAGCUGCCCGAUGAUCUUCAAUUCGAUAUUGACCGAUGACGGGCUGUGCUGCACGUUCAAUGCGCUAGAUCCCAUCUAUUUGUUUCGCAACUAUACGGACGAUGUGCGCAUCGAGCCGGCGGCGGAGAAUUCCCUAUACGAGCCCAUCGAUUGGACGCCGGAACUGGGCUAUGCUAAGAAAUUGCCGGAAUAUUAUUAUCCCAGAACGUCCGGCGGCACGGGCAGUCGCAUGGGACUGACCGUCGUGUUGAAUGCCUCAACGGCGGAAUAUUACUGCACCAAGUCCAUGGGCAAUGGCUUCAAGGUGCUGGUGCAUAAUCCCGCUGAGCUGCCCAAGGUGAGCAACUUUGGGUUUGUGGUCAGUGCUGGCCGCGAGGCACGCAUACCCAUCGAGCCGGUCUAUGAGGAUGCCACGCCCAGCAUACGUUCGAUCAAGAAAACGGUGCGUCGCUGCCUGUUCUCGGAUGAGAACGACCUGGCCUAUUAUCGCACCUAUUCGCGCAAGAACUGCGAGCUGGAGUGCGAGGCGAAGCUGCUGCUGCGCGACUGCAGCUGUGUGCUCUACUAUUUGCCGCGGAUUGACCCGGCGGCGCGCGUCUGCGGGCCCAAUGACAACAACUGCACCAAUCGCAUACAGACCGAGAUUGAGUCAUCGAAAACGAAUCUGUCCUGCGAGAACUGUUGGCCCGGCUGCUUUGAGCUGACCUACAAGUCGAUUAUGACCAGCUCGACGAUUGUCGCCGGGCCGAGCUAUCAGAGCGGCGAGGAGCUGCCCGAGAAGCUGUUCAAUGUUAGCCACAUUGGCGAGGACUACGAUCUAUCCAUACUACAUUUUUACUAUCUCAACAACAACUUUCGCAGCACCACCAAAUCCGAGAUGUUCGGCUUCACCGAGUUUCUGUCCAACACUGGCGGCCUGUUGGGCCUGUUCAUGGGCUUCAGCAUUUUCUCUGUCAUUGAGAUCUUCUACUAUGUGACGAUGCGACCCUAUUGCGCCUCCCGUACGCUCCAGCAGCGACGUCGGCGCAGGCAGGCGGAGCUGCUUUGGCUGAGCUCGGGGCGCCAGCGACGACGCCUCCAGCAGCGCCAGCGUCCGCCUCCGCCGUACAGCCAGCUGAAGGCGGGCACCAAAGUUACGGAGGGCAAAAUCAAGCAAAGUCUUUGGCAAACGUUGCGCGCCUCCCGCGAUCCGCUCGUCUAUCCCUAUUUGGAUUAGGAUGUAGUCUUUGUUGUUGUUGUUGUUGUUGCUUAUGCAUUGUUUUAUGGCCCUUAAAAUGCAACGGACGUGGCCUCAAGCUGAAUAAAUAAACCAAGGCAGCACGAAGAGGCCAAUGAACGGCUCCAUUAGCUGAAGUUGACCGUGGGCGCAGACGGGCAAAGGGGCAACUGGCCACCGGAAGCGCUGCGCCCCUUGCUGACUAUUGAUGUCGGCUAUCAAAUGGCGCUAAUCGCUAAUCACCACGCGACUUCAAUUUCAAUGGGUUUACUCUAUAAACAUAACAACAAAAAUCCAAAAUCACAGACAAUUAAAAAAGUUUCUCUAGGCCAGCAAUUUGU